CAUUGUGCGCGCGUGACCCCCUUGCGCACCGAUGCCACCAGGGGGAACGUGGCGCUGCUGCUCUCGGCGUGGUAUCACGGCGUGGUACUCCGGCGCUGGCCUUCGCCUCCGUGCCUCCGCCUUUAGUCGGUCUCAUCGCCUGUUUUGCAUUGUUCCUCGCGACAUUCGUCAUUCGAAGGCUAGAUGCAGUCGGCAGCGAAGAAGAAGACGGAGCGUUGGUGCUUUGUGCCUGGAUGUGAUACUGGGUACAGGAAAACCACGGAAAAAGUAUCGCUCUUCCGUGCCCCUUCCUGCAAACAAGCGUUUGCCAAAUGGGCUCGAGCGAUCCCAAGGGCCGACAAAGCAUUGCAGGAGAACUCGGCAGUUUGUGAAAAGCACUUCGACUCACGGUUUAUCGUUCGCGACUUCAAGCACGUUAUUAAUGGGACUGAAGUCUUGAUACCGCGUUGCAUUCCUGCCCUCUCGGAAGACGCCGUGCCCACCGUAUUCCCGAACUUGCCGAAAUACUUUAGCAGGACUCUGCCGAAAGAAAGAAAAAGAAGAGGUGUCUCAGACGCUCCUAUACCAUACAAGAGAAGCGGCGCUUGUCUUGACACGACGGGCGGGUGCCCACCGGCAGACGUGGAGGCUGCAGGUACACAGCGGGUUGGAAUGCCCAGUCCACUUACAGAAUCGUUCAUUUUCGAGCUUAAGCGACCUUCGGAACUGUGGUCACUGCAAAAGUUUAAGCAAAGCAACAUUGCUUGUUACCAGACCGCAGAAUUUGCAAUGAACGAAACGCCGCCUGUUGUGUUAAGCAAAAUGGUAGUGUUCUCGAUUGGAGAAGGAAAUUCCAGCUGCUGCAUCUAUUUGGCUGGGCAGCGUCACAAGGAAACCAUUGUGAAAUCUAAAGAACAAGCAGAAGAAGCACUGUCUUAUGCAAACAGCCUCACUGUAUGCAGUGGAAUUGGCCAUACCAAGGAGUUUGAGGAGCUAAAUGUGAACAACAUUGGAAGAUUGGCUGGUCAUCACCUGUUCUCUACUGCGUGCACUGGAUCAGUACCACAGCAUACAUCUGCACAGCAAGCUCACCGCUGCUUGUCAUGCAAAAAGAGCAGAAGCAGUCUAAAAGCUCGCUUGCUACGCUGCAAAAAGAAAGCUCGACCGCAGAUUGCAAACAUUGCUGGGAAGCGGCUAAAGUAUGCGAUGCGUACCCUACGACGAAGGAACAACAAGUUGUGCUCGCUACAGGUUGCUCUAAAAAAUCUACAAGAAAAGAACAUGGCAAUCAAGGAAACCUUCUUCGAGCGAAAGCUUAAAGAACUCCCCAAAAAACAGCAAUCUGCUGUGCGUGCGUGCUUUGAAGUGUCAAGGAGAAAAUCCAACCGUGGGUACUGUUAUAACAAAGAAUGGCUGCUGGAAUGUAUCCUCCUGCGAAUGAAAAGUGCACGACUGUAUGAGCACUUGAGGUCCCACAAUAUCCUUGUGCUACCUAGCCGAGUCUGUCUGCAAAGAUACAUGAAGGUAUUUAGGCAUGUGUAG